UAGUUGGUCAUUUCUUGAAGUUUCGUCGUCACCUUGACAUCGGUUAUCGAAAUUGUAGUACUUAGUCUUCUCAGUAGCGCACUAUACAGUAAUACGUUCGAAGCUUUUCAGAUGUUAUCAUCUUUUUUUCCAAAAAUGGAUACGAAUCAUAGUACCAAGUUAAUAGUAUUCACAAUACUAAGUCUGGUAACUUCAACAUUUUCGCGAUCAGUUCGUGGUCACGCAUAUCGACAAUUACCUACUGCGCCUGUCACCUAUGCACAGUUUCCAUCUUACAAUAUACAAGAACCCAAUGGCCCCGGUACAUAUGCAUUUGGAUUUGAAUUCGAAGAUCCAGCGAGUGGUAACAUUCAGUUCAGAGAUGAAGAACGUUUGGCAAAUGGAACGGUACGUGGUUCAUAUGGUUACGUGAGGCCUGAUGGAAUGUUAACACUGACAAGAUACUGGGACGAUGGAACGGGUUACAGAUCGGAAACAGAAACAUUUAAUCGUGUGGAAGGUCCUGGUUUCAUCCAUCCCGUAACGCCUAUGGAACCAACGCACAACCCAACACAGCGACCCAUCGAUCACACUUCUCACGAGCAACCAUCAUUGAGUCCUGAGCAAGUGGAGCAAAUACUCCACAACCACCAUCAAAUCGACCUGGCACCAUCAUAUAACCCCCUCGAGGAUCGAAACAUUGUCGAUCCAGAUCUAGCUACUGUCCUUGAUGGCAAGCAGCCUCUUCUGGUUCAAUCUAAAGAUGGAAAAGAAAAAUUCGCGGUACAAUUUGUUAACAACUUCAUUCCCACCAACUUCCCAGUGGUUUCAUUUCACACACCAUUCUCAACGGUAAAUGAAGUCCCUUUCACACCACAAAGUGAUCCUGUAGAAGUGGACCAGAUUGUGAAUGAUAAGUUCCAUGAUCCGAUUUUCGAUGAAAGAUUGCAACCAGCAAAACGGAGGCAGAAUGUGAGGAAUCCAGCAAACUGGAAACAGCAGAAAAAUCAAGGAAGUCAACCAAUGAUGACAUCGAGGGAGGCACUUUGGUUUAGAAAGAUGAUCCAGAAUCGACGAAGGGAUUACUUGCAAAAGUACAAUAUGGAUUACGAUUUGGUGACGAUACCUGCAGAUUAUGUAGUAAAACCUAGAGCUUAAAGAUUUAGAUAAAUUUGAAGGAAGUCGACAAAGCCAUCGUUUGUGCUGCCUAAUUUUCGAAAGUAUUAAUAUGAAGUGAUUUUAUAAGUGAAAAUAAAGUAUUAAAUCUAA